AUGGAUUUAGAAGACGAAUGCUCAUGGAAUUUGUGGAAGAAAGUUAAUAAUAAGUUCGACCGUCAACAGAUGUCUGACUCAAUUGACGCUCUAAUAACGGAAAUUGAAGAAAGCUGGCCGUCAUUCUUACUUCACACACAUAUUAAUCGUGAACAACGUGAAUAUAUCAAAGACUUGCGUUACCAAUCAACGGACAAAACGUUCGUUGUUGCUCAAAUAGAUUUUUCAAUGAAUUAUACACUGGUACGUCAGCAUGAAGUUCAACAAGAAUUUUUUAGUCAGCACCAAGUCACCUUAUUUACAAUUCAUCUGACCAUUGAAAAAGAACAACGAAAUUUAGCGAUCAUCAGUGAUUAUAUGGAACACACAACGGUGUUUGUGCACUGUGCACAAAAGGUUCUUACUCAAUUUAUCAAGACAAAUUUUCCGUUGGUAAAGAAGAUCAAUUAUGUGAGCGAUGGUGCGUGUGCGCAUUUCAAAAACAAUGCCAGCAUUUUGAACCUAAUUCACCACAAAAUCGACUUUGAUUUGGAUGCUUGUUGGACAUUUACAGCUACAGGGCAUGGAAAGGGUGCCGGCGACGGCAUUGAUACAGUACUUAAGUCCUCGGCUAGACGUGCUACACUUUCCAAGAAUAUUCUCAUGUCAAAUGCAAAAGACUUCUACGAAUUCACACAAAAACAACAACUUGAAACGGCAAGAAGAUCUAACAAGGAUAUUCCUGGUGUUCAUGUGUUCUUUCUUGAAUCAGAUGAAGUAGAAGAAGCGAAGAAAAGUUAUCUGCAAGCUAGAAGCGAAA